AUGCUACUUUCAACUUUCGACGUGGUGCCCACCUCUAGGUUAGAAGCCGAGUUGCAGAUGCCAUAUCUACACGAGCCAGGCCACUUCGAUGUUCUUUACGAAAGUAAUAACGACGUGGAAGAAUUGCGGACCAGACAGGUGCUGCAGGCGUGCUCCUCGUGUGGCGCGGCACUCAUGGAUAAAUGCGCCAUCAUCCAAGAGCAGUGGGUAUGUGUAUUCUGCCAGACCUAUAACCCACUGACGGAAAAGGCCACGGCGACCCCUUAUGAGGUUGAAGUGCCGAGUACCGAGAGCUCAGGCUCCCCGGUUUCGCCAGCUCCAUAUGAGGUGCUGAUUAUAGACUUAUACACAGACACUCCACAGGAGCUGGCUUCACUGAAGGACGCGAUUGUCUCGAAAAUACGAAACUGUGACCCCACUUUCCUUUUUGGUCUUAUUACUAUACACCCCAAUAGCUCUGUUUCAGCUCAUACGGCGACUGGUGCGUUGUCAUUCGCGGGCCAAGAUGCGGCGAUCUUAGACUCGGCUAAGAAGUUCGACCUGUCAUACUUUAAAAAGGUUCUUCCGGCGCUACCGGACCUUCUGCUGCCAAAAGAGCAACUUGUGAGUAAAUUAAUGGGGCUAGCAUAUCCUCAGCACCACUGCGUCAAAGCUCAGAGGGCCCAACGUGCACUGGGGCUGGCGUUAUUGCUCGGAAGUGCAUACUCACGAACUCCUGAUAAUCUGCCUCAAAGUAGCGCCUUUGUCAGCGGACCAUGUACAGUCGGUCCUGGUAAAGUAAUCCCCAAGAAAAUCAAUUUUCACAUGAGGCAGCAUCAUGAUAUCGACGCCCACAAGGACAAGUAUUUUCGACCGGCGAGGACUUUUUUCCAGAAAGUCGCCAGCGCAAUUCAAGUGCAGCUAUUCAUAUCCAAUUUGGAUCAAGUUGGAGUUGUAGAAAUGGCUCCUGCAUGCCAGCAAAUUAAUCAGUUUGAUUCAUUCUGUGACAAGCGGUUCAAAGACUUGGCCCUAAGAUUUUGGCCCCAAGGGUCCAUCAACAAUGAAAUAACGGUUUUCGCUUCUAAGGGCCUUUUGAUUGACGGUUGUUACGGAAUGGUAUCGAAAUUGCCUCCCUCUCGCAAAGCUUAUAGCGAUACGCCUGCUGGCGUCGCAGGAACAAACCGCUGGAGGUCGUCAACUUCUAUGCCGUCCCUAGCCUUUUCUUUUUGCAUUGAUACAUGGGCAACUAAAGCAGGGUCCGUUGACGUUGUGCCUGCAUACCUCGCAAUACAAAUCCAGCAAGCGUUUUCUAGAGGCUCCAAGAGAUAUCUUAAAGUCGAUUCUGUAAUUUUGUCGACAACGAACAAAAAUAACAUCGAGGUUCGUUCCGUAGAAAAAAGCUUCAACUACUCUGCAGCAUUAACUUGUUUCAUGAAGCGAAUAGCGUACGAUCAGCUUUUAUUGGGCCACACUCAUGCUCUUGACCUACAGCAGUGGCAAAUCACAAUCGAUAAACUUGGCGCAAGGCAUUUCAAAGCAAGCUCUAGGAACCACGCCAAAUAUAUUGAGUUGCUGUACCGCCUGAAAUGCACUGCACUACUUCAAAAGAGGAAUACUUCUCCCGAUGAAGCUGCCAUCUUUCAAAACAUCAUUUUAACCCAAAGUUCCAAUGUUUUGGAACUUCUGUGCAAGCCUCGGGUAGUUGUAUUCGCUAAUGACACGAAAGUGGAAGUCGCCUCUUUGGAUGAACAACUUCUUCAACAGAGAGAGGUUAUGUGCGUUGAUUGUGGUAUAGUCAUUCUUCUGAGGUAUCUGCAGGAGGACAACACGCUUGAAAGUGCAAGAAAUUAUGCCAAUACACUUCUUACUGCUCGCACCCUGCCGGCCAAGCUAGAGGAAACCGUCAUCAAAGGGAGUCAAGAUCGGUACCUUAUCUCUAGACUAAUCCCAGAGGGUAAUUUGAACACGGAAGAUACUUCUUUGUGCGAAUAUAGAGGCGUAAUAAGAAAAUUAGCACAGUGCAUUCAAUAA